AUGGACCACCCUCAACAGUAUCUUCCUGAGUCUUUUAAGGGUGCCUGUGGAAGAGUCGUCCAGCACCGAAGACUCCAGCAACCCAGGAAGAAAAACGGCCCGUUCAAAAGGAGGGGAAUUGAAAGGUGGCAUAGAGCCGUGUCCACUAACUUAGUAAAACAAAAUGUAUUGGUCCCCAAAGAGGAAUCAUCUGCUGAUAGUGACACGGAAUUUCAUGAAAGCCAGCAAAACCAAAGAAAAAAUGUGAUGAGAAAAGUGAAGACGGUUUUGGGAAGGGUGCUGUCCUACAAAUGGAGAAGCAAAUGGGCAAGUGUUGGUAGAGGGGUCUCCACUAACCAAAAGGAAUCCUUUCUUUCCAACACACAGAGCCUUCUUCCCAGAAUUGUCAAGGAGCUUCCAGCCCCCAGGUUAUUUGCAAAACAAAGAACAAGAAAGCUGUCGCAGAAUGCGACUAUACAACUUGAUGUUGUAGAAGCAGAGACAGAGGAGAUAACCCGAGGAAAUACACUGCUCCGGGCCAGGAGGACCACCAAGCGGUUAUCGGUGACGUCCCUUCCUUCAGGACUGCAAAAGGUUCCGUAUUCAUCAAAAAAGAGAUCGCACUUUCCAGCACUUAAAAAAAAGAAACAUAGCAUGGAAAACAUCCUCCGAAGAUCAGAUUGGACAGUAGGAAAACUUCAGAUGCAGGUGGAUGACCUCAUAGAGACAGUGACAGAUAAAUCCAUGAAGUUAUUGGCCCAAAGACAUGCUGAGCUUCAACAGUGUGAAUUUCUAGGGGACGAAAUUCUUCAGUCUUCGAAGCAGUUCCAGAGGAUGUCCAAGAGAACCAUGAGGAAGUAUAAAUUGAAAAAUGUAUGUUUCCCAUGUACUUGCUGCUGCUUCUGACUCUGUUCCUGACUGCGUUAAGAGUUAUCUCUAUAGGAAUUCUUAUCUUUUGGUACAUAAUCCUGAAUAAAUCUCUCUAGUGAAUUAUCAGUUGGGGAGAUGGAAAUUUCUUAGAAUAUUCUGCCCAACGGUCUUUAAAAAAAUCCUUUUUUGAACAACUGAUUUUUAAUUUUGAGUCCAUGUUAGCAAAUUUUUGCUUCAUAAUUCUUAUUAAUAUUGGAAAACAGAAACAUUUAUCAGGGCAUAGCAAUUCUGCAAAGAAAUUUCUCCCAGGAUUUGCCAGAUGAAAUUAGAAGCAUUUAAUGGUAUUAUGACA